AUGUCCGGCGUCUCAGACAGCGGCAUCACCGUCUCGCAACUCCUAGAAAAAGGAAACCAGGGCCUGGGCACCUUCGUGCGCAUGGACGGCGAACUGCUCCUGCUCGACGGCACCGUGUACCAGCUGCAAGCCGAGGGUCAGAUCCGCGUGGCCUCACCCACGGACCAGAUCCCCUACGCGGCGGCGACGCAUUUCCGCUCGCAGCGGACCCUGACGACCCGUCUCGAGGAUAAGGACGCGAUCGACAAAGUGCUGGAAAAGUUCAACGACCACGCGAGUAACCUGUUCAUGUCGUACCGGAUCCAGGGCGUGUUCGACCGGAUAAAGUGUCGCACGGUCAAGGGCCAGGAGUACGACGGCCAGCCCCUCAGCGAGCUGGGGAAGAAGCAGUUUGUCGCAGAAUAUCAAAACGUCGAGGGCACCAUUGUGGGAUUCCGCUCGCCGGCGGCGUGGCAGGGCUUCUUCGUCGCCGGCGAGCAUAUGCACUUCAUUGACAAGGACAAGAAGAUUGGCGGCCACGUCCUUGAACUGCACGCGGAUGAGGUCAACAUGGGCAUUGCUACAGUGAACAACCUUCACAUUGAACUGCCUACCUCGGACAAGUUCAAUUCGGCUGUCAUGUCGACAGACGAUAUGGGUUUAAAGUCUGUGGAAGGGUGA